AACGCUGGAGUGGCAGAAAAAUUUUCUUUGAUGGCAAAUGGUACUGAGUUGGUACUUUUGGCCAGCAGCACUGAGUGCAUGCUGACUGCUGAGUUUGAUCAGUGCCCGCUGCGCGCUCGAACCCCGAGAACGCUACCUCGCCCAAGUCGAGUACUCCGAUCAAAACAACCCACCAGGCCAUCAACAGGUCAGAAUGGAGUUCGACAUCGACGAUUUGGAAGACGACGGAGAAGAGAGCAACUGGGACGGGCCGCCUUCUGGCAGAAACUGCGUCGUUUUCCUCGUCGACACCUCCCGGCAGAUGUUCGAGCGAGAGGGCCAAGCAGCACCCUUUUUCAAGCAGAGCAUAGAGUUUUGUAAGAAUGCAUUGUUGCAUAUAUGCAAAAAAGAAACAAAUGAUUUAACUGCAAUUGUACUGUAUGGGACUGAGAAAACCAAAGGAAACCAUGCUAAAGUUAACACCGUGUUGUUACAACCACUGGGAGAACCCACAGUCAAACAGAUCAAUGAACUGUCAGAAAUAGUCAAAGAUGAGGGCGUAAAAAUACAAAGUGAUUUUGGCCAUAGCAGUGGUUACAGUUUGGGUGAAGUAUUGCAGUACUGUCAGUCCUUAAUCAACAACAGCGGGGCCAAAGUCUAUUCGAAAAGCGUCAUCUUGUUCACAAAUGACGACAAUCCCCAUGGCAGAAAACCCGAGUUUGAAUUUCUUGCGAGGAAACAGGCCGAGGAAUAUUUCCGCCAUGAGAUUGAAAUCAACGUCGUGGGCCUUGGAGACUUCGAUUCUUCCAAAUUUUUCAAGGAAUUAAUUCUAACUUCAAGAGGAGAAUUGUUGAGGGAUUGGGAAGGCAAAGACCCAGUGACCAGUUUAAGCCAAAUUGGUGGACAGAUCGACAAGUUAACUGAUAAGUUUAUGAGGAGGUUGAGUUUUUUGAAGUUGGGAGAGUAUGAGGGGGCAAAGUACCAAUUACAAAUUGCCCUUUACAAACUCUAUUCAGAGCCCAAAAAGUUCAAAAAAUUCACUUCCAAUGAAUUCAACGAGUCCCAUUGUGUGGAAGAUGACGAUUUUCAAAACAGUGAUGACAUAAGGCAAGCGUGCAAUACGGCGACUAAUGAUAAAAUGAAAAAGAAUGGCUACAAUGAAGAAGCGCCUGAAGUUGCAGUGGUUGGAGGAAAAGAGAUCAUCAUUACAAAGUCCCAGUUGCGCUCCUUAUUGGCAAGAAAUACCAGGGGAUUUGAAGUUAUAGGUUUUGUAAAAACUGAAGACAUUCCAAUGUAUCACUCGACAUCUGAACCAUAUUUUAUAGAACCGUAUGGGAAAGAUGAAAACAAUUUGAAAGUGUUUGCACAUUUAUUGAGAAGAUGCACAGAACGAGGUCUUUCGAUUUUGUGCUGGUUUACACUGACUAUGAUUUCGCGCCCAGUCGUUUGUGCCUUGCAUCCGACUGAGGCCAAAUUGUACGCCGAAGGGCGGGAACACCCUCCCGGAUUCAUUGCUUCCCGGCUUCCGUUUUCAGAAAUGAUGCUCGAACCCGAUGAAGUUGAAGACAACGGUCAACCGAGCGAGGUGCAACUGAAAGCCGCCGUUGAAAUAGUCAAGAAGACAACAAUACCGUACAAGGUGGACAUGUUCAGCGAUUUCGAACGGCAGACAAGGAUAAAGUUAAUAGAGUCCCUUGCCUUCGAAUACGAAGACAUGGAAAAAGUCGAUGACGAUACAGACAUCGAUUUGGAAGAUGUAAGCAAUAUGCUUGGAAUGCUCAAUGUCGAGUUUACCGAGUGUCCACACAUAGCAGAAGUCGAAAACGUUAAGUCGAAUAAACGGCCUGGCACUUCGUUAAAUGUAGGAAUGCCUAAGCUGCAGAAGCUCAACAACCCGUUGGCGAUGGUGAAAAAUGGCAUGGCUGAUAAAUUAACUGUAGCCCAACUUAGAGAACUGCUAAAGGCUGAAGGAUUCAAGUCUUUGUCAGCAAUGAACAAGUCGACACUUGUUAAAAUGGCAAACCAAAGAUUUUGUGAUUAAUUUAGUUUUUUCCUUAUUUUAGAAUAUGUUGUUACUUUCAUUGUAAAUGCACGUGCUGUAUGUCUAAUCAUGUAAAUAAAUUCAUUUUUGCUUCUGGUCAA